AUGUAUAAAAUAUGUUUGCAAAACAAAGACUCUUCCGUCAUAGCAAUUCGGAAGUAUAUUGGCCCACAGUAUGUACGCUAUGACGAUUUCUAUGAAAAAAUCAAGUUAACAUUCCCAGAAUUAGCUAAUAAGAAUUUCAUCGUUUCCUGGCAAGACGCUGAAGGUGAUGAAAUCAUAAUAUCAUCUGACGAAGAAUUAGAAAUUGCUCAAAAAGAAAUGUUUUCUCGAAAAAGAUUUAAUAUCAAACUUCUUCCAUCUAAGCAAGAAAUACCAAGUCAGAAGAAGGAUAAAGCAAUUCAUUUUGGUAUAUGUUGUGAUGGUUGUGACAAAGACAUAAUUGGAUUUAGAUACAAAUGUAUUCAAUGCGAAGACUAUGAUUUAUGUGCACAAUGUGAGAAAGAAUCAAUACAUUCGCAUCAUUAUAUGAUCCGUAUGCCAGAACCAUUACAAUGGCAUCAUAGUCGAAGUUUGAUUCAUCAUUUGAGAAAAAUUCUAAAAAAAAAUGGUGUGCAUUUCAAUAAGAAACAUGCUUGUAAUGAAAAUACUUCUCAAGGAAUUCAUAGUAGCAUUUAUCCUUGGUUGGAAAGUUAUGCACCAUAUUUAAAUAGCAUUAUUGAUACAGUAUUGGAAACAUCAAUUGGUCCAGAGCCUUUUAAGAAUCACAAGCCUGAGAAAAAAGAAGAAUCUAACAAUGAUACACGUCCAGGUGAAAAUGAUUCCAGGAAAUUUCCUGGAGAAGGAAGAAAACUGCUCGAUGAUACUAAAGAAGAUAAAGGAUCAAUAUCAGAUGUUGCAUCAACUACUAGUCAAGAUACAAAAGUAGUGGCUGAUGAAUGGACUAUUAUAGAUAAAAAUGAUACUGCUGAAAUUAAUCAAGCAUCUUCAACUUCAUUUAAUGCGAAUGAAACAAGUAUAAAACAGAUUCCAUCUUCUUCAACUGCACCAUCAGCACCGGAAGGAUCUUCAACCCAAACACUAUACCCUGAGUUACCAGAAGAAAAGAAGGUAAUACAUCAUGAGAAUCCAAGAAUUAACGAAGCUAUUGAAACUAUGUUGAAAAUGGGAUUCUCAAAUCAAAGUGGACUAUUAACUUAUUUGUUGGAUGCUGAGAAUGGAGACAUUAAUAAAGUUUUAGAGAUAUUGCAGCCUACAAAUAAGUAA